AUGCUCAACAAGAUACUGAUCUUCACUGGAGCGCCGGAAAAACAUGCUCUUGAUUGGAGCGCCAGCGGGUUGCUGACGGAAUUUGAAGACGCCAUCGCUCGGUUUGUGGGUCUCCAUUCCGAGCACCGCCCACCUUCCACCACGCCGACACCGAAACACGCUGCUUGGAGGUCGCUGCCCUUGGCCAACGCGAAGAUUGGAACUGGAUUCUCGCAGCACUAUGGCACCAUCUUUGACGAUGGCCUCGACGAAUCUGCCUCCGAAUCGGGCCUCGAGUUCCUGGAUACCGUGACUUUGCCCCUCGCCUCGGGCGGCGGCGACAGCGAGCACGAUCCCGCCCGCUCUCAAUUCUACGAGCACUCAAUGGCCGCCCAUGAUGGUUUCACGCCCUCCCAGCUGAUCUCCCAAUCCACCGGGCAGGAAACAACAUCAUUCAUCAGCGACCGCACCUCCUCCUUUCUAAGUGGCGAUGGCAGCCACGCAGGGCCCAUCAAGGAACCGUUACUGGUCCGGGGUAGCGACCUUGUCAGUGACCUCAGGAACAUUCCUUCGGCAACAUACCUUCUCAGAAUUCAGCCGCAAACCUUCACCUGCAACUUGAUCGUAGGCAUCAUCUCCAUCUCCCAGCCACGGGCCGUCAAGACCCGCUGGGGCGCCACCAAGUACCUCGUCGAGCUGCUUGUCGGGGACGAGACCAAGGCGGGCUUUGCCAUAACCUACUGGCUUCCGUCUGACAACUUGGAUGACAGCCCUCUGGCGGGGCUGCGAGUUCGAGAUAUCAUUCUCAUUCAGAAUGUGGCUUUUAAUGUUUUUACAAACAAGGUCUACGGGUCCAGCGUGCGGAAAAACUGGACCAAAGUACACUUGCUCUACCGGAUGAAGCUGGACUCUCGAGACCCUGGCGGUUAUUACAGCGCAUCCGACUUGGCGGGCACGGGGACCGUUCACCCUCAGCUCGACAAAACGCGGCGUGUUCGCGACUGGGUGCUCAAUUUCGUUGGUCGAGAAACUCGCACCGGUACGAACCGCCAGGCCCGCUGGAACCAACCCCCCGCGGAUGAUACGCAGCUGUAA